CCAACUACCAAUAAACACCAAAGAAGAAGAAGAAGAAGAGCAGGAAGUUAGCGGCGGCACUCUGCAUGGUCGCAUGUUGCCAAGUUGCGUCUGUCAGUUAUCCUGAAGCAAUAUGACCAGUGGCAGACAGGUGGCAGCAAUAGGACAGGUCCUGGUGGACCCAGGACUCGACCUGACUCAGCGGUUCAGAGCCUUAUUCACCCUGAAGAACCUGGGAGGUGCUGAAGCUGUAGAAUGGAUCAGUAAGGCCUUCAGUGAUGAGUCAGCCCUGCUGAAGCAUGAGCUGGCUUACUGCCUUGGACAGAUGCAGGACAGAAGGGCCAUACCCAUUUUGAGUAAAGUGCUCAAAGACACGCAGCAGGAACCGAUGGUCAGGCACGAAGCUGGGGAGGCUCUGGGAGCAAUCGGUGAUCCUGUGGUCCUGGAGCUACUGGAAGAGUACAGUCGGGAUCCAGUCAUAGAGGUGGCAGAGACGUGUCAGUUAGCUGUCCGUCGACUGGAGUGGCUGCAGACUGGAGGAGAGAAGCAGCUGGAUGAUGGAAGUACAGAUAAGAACCCAUACUGCUCUGUCGACCCGGCACCUCCAGCAGUGAGGAAGAGUGUGCCAGAGCUGCGUUCAAUCCUACUGGAUGAAAGUCUGCCACUCUUUGAACGCUACCGUGCCAUGUUUGCCCUGCGUAACCUGGGAAACGAGGAGGCUGUACUGGCACUGGGAGACGGUCUGCAGUGCUCCAGUGCUCUGUUCCGUCACGAGAUCGGCUACGUCCUGGGUCAGAUGCAGCACCCAGCAGCGAUCCCAGCCCUGCGCGCAGCUCUGGAGCUAUCCAGUGAGAACGCUAUGGUCAGACACGAGGCGGCAGAGGCUCUCGGGUCCAUCGGCAAAGAAGAGUGUCUGACUGUGCUGCAGCAUUACCGUGGAGACGGAGAACGUGUGGUCAAGGAGAGCUGCGAGGUCGCUCUAGAUAUGCUGGAGUAUGAAAACAGUGAACAGUUUCAGUAUGCAGAUGGACUGGUCAAGCUUCAGUGUUAAAGCUCUAUGUUCCAUAUAAAGGUUCUUUCUUUUACUCAAAUCGUUUACUACUCUGGACUAUUGUAUCGUCUGAUAGGGCAGAGACAGCAGGGCAACUCAAUGCUACAUCAAUAAAACUGUUGGAUCUUGUGGGAUGAAGCUCUACUGUACUGUUCACUUGGCACAGUGUAAAAGCCACACAGAGCAUACAGCAGUUGGGCUCGUAGCUUUGUGGUGCACAGAUGUUGCUGUGUAGAGGGACAGGAGAACAGUCUCCAUGACUUCAAUACUGUCAGUUGGAGUUUUGUGGAAUCUGCAGCAUCUCCACUUUGCACACAAAAAUGGUGAGUUUUGGGCUGAAGGUUGAAGGCCUGAUGAAUUUAUUUAUUGUUUUCAACUUUCUGGGCGUUUUCCUCCGUUUCUUUGUAAUUUCUUAUUUUGUUGUCUGGGAGCUGUAGGUCAUCAUACAGUCCAAAAAAUGAACACAAGACAACACUAUUUGGACUUGCUCUAAACUUAGGCAUUUGCUCUGAUUCAGGCUGUUGAUCAUGCUGAAUUUCAGUUCAUUCUGCUCUAACAUGUUAAUAGAAGCCAAAGAUCUAUUUUGUAGAGCGGAUAUUGGAAAAAUCAUGCAAAUGGUGGUGCAAGCAUGAAAAUUGGCAUGUUAAUUCUUUAUGGGAUAUUUGUCAAAUCUGCCCAAUUGGCCACUUGAAAAUCCAAAAUCCAACAAUUGAUUUUUCAUAUAGAAAAAAACUAUAUAGUUGGUCAAAUGAGUUGAUCUUGGUGUCAAUUUAUGUUUUCAAGCAUGCUAGAUUGAUUGAAUUUUCUUUCUAAAAAAUCCCAUAUACAGCUUAUUUUCAAUCAAAACAUUUGUAUUGAAAAUAAUUUUAAAAAAAGAUUCAUAAUUAAAAAAAAGGACAUUUACAUGUAAAUGGACUUGUGUAAUGUUUUUCUAGUCUUUGCGAGCACUCAAUGCGCUGUUACACUGCAGACAGUGCUAAUUCACACACACAUUCAUUCAGGUGGCUGAAGCUACAUGGUGCAACGCCAUCAGAAAUCAAGGGCGUAUCGGAACAAAUGCAUACUAUCAGCUAUCUUGCCCAAGGAUGCUUCGACAUGUAGACUGCUAUGACCGAUCUACAGAUAGAAAGAGAUGCAGCCCAGGCUGAAGCAGAAAUGUUGGAAGUUGGUUUGAUUAUAUCUGAAUCUUUAUCCUAUGCUGCUCAUCCUCCAAACCAUUUUGUGAAAUACUGCAAGGCUGAAACCUAACGCAGAGGGUGUCAGAGUGACCAUCUAUCAGCCCAAUGUUUGUUGGGGUUCAGUACCUUGGAUGGGUCCUUAUCAGAGAAGUCUGCCUAAGGGGGGCGCUCUCAAGGCUCUCAUUUGGAGACUGGUCUUUCAAGUUACCUUAAUUCCUGCAGCAGUCAAGUGCAGGUCAAGAAAAGAUUUGGUCAUAUUUCUAUCUACCAAGAUGAUGAGAACCAAGAAUUCUGGUAUCUCUCUUCAUUUGGAAUUUACCAUCCGAAGAAGCCAGAGCAGAUAACAACACUACAAACGAAAGACAGAGUGUUAAAAACAGAAAAAAAAUAGUUUCAGCAUGUUUUAAAAAAAAUUAUGAAUUGACACCAAGAUCACUAAGAUUGAUGAACUCCAGACUGUAUUGGCGGCCAACUUAGAUUUUAAGUGGCCAAUUAGAUAAUUUUGUUAAGUAACUUACCACAUCAAAAUUGGAGCUCAUACCCCCAUUUGCACGAUUCUUGUGAAAAAACGACUAUCUGCCCCACUAAUUGGCUUCUUUGUGGAUUGGUAGUAUGUUGUGAAGUAAACAUCUCUCCAAACUUCAGUCUGUUACAGAGAGUGACUGUGUAAAAUUGUGUUAAUUUCCCAUUUUCUCAUAAUCCCCUUGUUCCUUGGUUCCGAGACUACUCCUACCUACUGUAGACGUUUUGAUGUGGGUACUGCAUGUAAAAUUAAAAUGAUGCUGUACACAAAUCUUUAUUGUCAAUCUUUUUUUCUUUUCUUUUUUAUACCUUUAGUCCUAUUGUUCAAGUUCUCUGAGCAGGAAUAUAGUGUAAUUGUGUUCAUCUCCAAUGCUUCUCUACCUGAGCAAAUUGAUUAAACUGUUGUCACAGCUCAGGGGUUUGUACAUGCAUUCAUCAGCCAUUUAAUUAGGUCGUCCUGUUCAGCUGCUCGGUACACCUUGCUAGCUAAUGAAAUUGCUGGUGAGUGUAUACUAAGAGAUAGGAGAUGCAUUCAAAGAAAAACAAGUGUACAAAAUGUAGAUUUUUUCCCCUACAGGACAUGAGAGCUCACUGAAUUGUUAAAUGAGAAUGGAAAUGAUGGGAAUAAUAAUGUACCACAUCUCAAGCAUUGUAUUUCAUCACAGUUUGCUGAAGUUGGACUGGAUAGUCGUAGAAAGACGAACAGUGUUGCUCCAUUGCUUUGAGGUCUUCAUGUGGAAUCUGUGGUAGCCCACUACAGUUGGUGGUUUUCAUUUAUGAGAAAAUGUUUACAGGUUGGAAAAUAAUUUAUUUAUCUUGAAUGAUCCACUUUGAAUUCACCGCAGUUUGCCCAUGUUUGUUAUACGAGACUGGUAAAUAUGAAAAUAUAACAUG